AUGAAGGACAAAGCAGACGUCAUCCGCGACUUCAACAACGUCGUCAACAUGACGGCCGCAGAACUAGAGAAGUGGCUGAAAUCUGAUACCUCCAAAGACGCAGGCUGGUCGAAAGAUGAUGGCGGGGAAUCCAUCGGGCAUGAUAGCGGACGCAAGAUUGUUCAAAUUUUAAAGGAUAACCCGCAGAAGACUCCUGACAAGUACACAGACGAUCAUGUUGAGCAUAUGAGAAAGGUUGUUUCAUACUGUAAGCGGCAUUUGGCACAGGAAGGAAAGAUUAAUGAUACGAAGUCGGUCGAAGAAGUAAAGAAGACGAAAUCGUAUGCGUCGUUGAAGAACUGGGGCCAUGACCCGUUGAAGAGUCGAGAUAAUGGUGAGGAUGAUGGUGAAGACCACGGGGAUGGGGAGGGAGCGGGUGUAAAGAGGGCCAAGAGGGGACAGGAUGGACAGAAUAAGAGACAGAAGACGGGGAAGUCUACUAAGAAUGGCGAUGUGUCGGAAGAGCAGAGCGCUGCGGACGACCAGGAUACUGAUGAAGAGGAAGAGGCAGAAGGUGACGACCAAUCUUCAACAGGCGAAGAGGAUGAGGAUGUGCAAUCCUCAGCAGAUGAGAAAGAUGAAGAAAAGAGCAAGACCAGCAAAUCUGGCAAGACUUCAUCUAAAAACGGUAGCAAGGAGAACGAGCCAAAGAAAGGAGAGACGGUUAGCUGGAAUUGGGGCCAGGGUCAACCAGAAGGCAAAGUUGAGGAUGUCAAGCACCAGAAAACGUCUAUCGAGACUAAAAAAGGGAAUACCGUCUCGCGCGAUGGGACGUCAGAGGAUCCGGCAGUGGUUCUCGACACAGGGAAGUCGAAGGCGGUUAAAUUGGCGCACGAGUUGAACUAA